UGUGCUCCCGGUUCGCGCCACGUGAACGCGCCAAAAGCAGACGGACCAAACCAGGGGCCGUCGACUCUUGUUGGCUUUUCUUACGAUGCGCUGCGCUGCGCUGCCCUCCAUUCGAUCGAUCGAGAGAGAAAGAGUAUCCUCCCUUCCCCUGCUCCGAAAUCGAAAUGGAGGUCUCAGCAUUGAAGGGGCAGUGAGGAGGGGCGUUCAGGACGACACGGUUCCGCCUGAAGGAGGCGUGAAUCCAUCAAUCCCACUCCUGUCCUGACGACUCUUCUUCCUUCCCUCGUUUCCUCCAUCCAUCUUAUUCUCAAACGAUGAAAAGGACGUUUAUUUUAUGACUCUUUCAGCUACGGGCUUCCCCUUUUCUCUGUCCAUUUUGACGUUCCGGUCCCACUUUCUGCGUCUCUCUUUUCACGUACCUUCUUGUUUGAUUGGCUACAUUUGAACUCCAACACGAGAAAGUAGGCCUCUCUCUCUCUCUCUCUCAAGUUGCUCGAAUUGUGGCGUACUAGUUCUUUGGUCUGCAGGAGGGAUGGAGCACAACAAAAAAAGUUAGCAUCUUUUGUGAGGCCUUGUACCUUGUGAAAAAUGUAUCUCAGGCGUUUCAUGUGUGUCCAAGCCUUGAUCAUUAAUGACGAGAUUUAUGAUCCUUGAAUGCUUGAUUUUGUUAUGCGCGGAGGUAUUUGCUGGUUUUCUCCUCCCGCCCACUGCAUGGGAUUAAUGGACGAUUUCUUUUGCCGUUCGUUCCGUUUGCGUUCGUAACGGCCCUGUGGUUUCUUCCGUGAAUCGGCCAUGACUUGUCGCAUUGAGAGUAUAGACGCAGAGGUGUUGGUUUACAAGUUGCAGAUGGAAGACGGAAACGGACCGUAUAUUAGACUGGGUUACAUGAGCGAUCCUGAGUCGCAAGAAUUUGGCAGACUGCAGAGUCCGUCUCCUGUGAAGAAGGCAUGCGCAAUGUGCUGGUGGAUUAAGGUGGUUUCCAUUUGCCUUUGUCUGUUACUCCUGUUUGGUGCCUUCAUCAUUUGGGCUGCGCCUUUACUCAUUCAGAAGGUGGUUAUACCAAUCUUGAACUGGGAGACUGCCACAUUUCGUGCACCUACCCUAGGGCUUCUGCUUUUUGCUUCUAUAGCAAUAUGUCCGGCUCUCUUGUUGCCAUCAUCUCCUUGCAUGUGGCUAGCGGGGAUAACUUUUGGUUAUGGAUAUGGAUUUUUGCUAAUCAUGGCAGGGGCGAGCAUUGGCAUGUCUUUGCCAUACUUCAUUGGUUCUCUGUUUCGUGAAAACAUACAUAGAUGGCUUGAGAGAUGGCCUAAGAGAGCUGCACUUGUUAGACUAGCAGGUGAAGGAAGCUGGUUUGAUCAAUUUCGAGCUGUCACUUUGCUUAGAAUCUCUCCUUUUCCCUACAUCAUCUUCAAUUAUGCCGUUGUUGCAACAAAUGUGAAAUACUGUCCAUAUAUAUGUGGAUCUCUGGUUGGGAUCAUCCUAGAAGUUUUUCUCACAAUCUACAGCGGGAUUCUGAUCAGAACCGUUGCAGAUGCGUCCAACGAGCGGUAUUUCCUCUCCCUGCAGCAGAUAAUUUACAACUGUCUUGGGCUCUGUGCCGCAAUGGCUGCCACCGUUACCGUGACCAUAUACUCGAGGCGGGCACUUCAAACACUUCAGCCUGAAGAAGACAUGGACGUCCUCCAGUGAGAUAUACAGCAAAAUGGAUCAAAUACCCCAAGAAAGAGACGUGGCCGGAUAUCUCAUGUAUGGCCAGGUCAGACAUGUCGCUAAUGACUAACCUUCCGCAGGUGUGGAAAACCAUGGAGGGGUUGCAAGGACUGUAUAUAUAAUUCCUUUAUUGAUUGUUAUAGUUGCUUGUUUCUGGAGAAAUAAAUCUAGUAGCUCUCUCCCUUCUCCCAUGCAGCGUAGCUUCGCGGGUGCAGAAGGGGCCAAAAAGAUGAGAUGGGUUUCCUUCAAUUUUCAUGGACGCUAUUCUUUCCUUUGGUGUAGAAUAGAAGGAUGUCUCCCUUAUCUCUCUUAGUAGUAUUUAGUAUUUUCCAAUAACCGGCACUGCGAUAGAGGCGGUGAAAGGCGAUACUGCGAUGAAGACGGUGCAAGGCGGCUGCAUGCAUGCUGAUUGCCCUUUUUCCAAAUUCUAAGCGCUCACCUUUUCGUUAUUUUCAUUCAUCAAUUGGGGUUGAGGAGUUGAUCACAGAAGACCUGUUCCCAAGGUACCCAAAGGAACCACUAACUUCUAAAUAAUACUUCCAUUUAUUCGGAUCUCAUUCUGUGUUUAAUAACUCUCUAUCUCUCUCUCUCACACACACACACACAUGUCCAUUCCGGAAAAAGCUGAUAUUUGGAUUGUUUCGUUGGGGUUUUCUUCCUUUAGGUAAGCCAACAUUUAUGUGGACAAUGAUUAGCAAGUUAGUUAUGAAGAUAUGGAAUUUUUAU